AAACAGAUACCCUUUCUCGCCCUUAUCUGCACUCCAAACAACCAAACAGCAGCAGCAGCAGCGUCAGAGCUCUCAUUUCCCAUCAAAAUGGCAUCCGCAGCGAACGCGAUUUCUACAGCUCCGAUCCUCCGUUCUUCUCCUCGUCAGGGGAGCAUGAGGAAGGUGAAUCAGGUUGGGCAGAAGCUGAACUACAACAGAGCUACCAGGAGUGGUAGAUUUGUUGUGCGAGCAAGGGCAAAAGAUAUUGCUUUUGAUCAGGUUUCCAGAACAGCACUUCAGGCUGGCAUUGACAAGCUUGCAGAUGCUGUAGGAGUUACUCUUGGACCUAGAGGGAGGAACGUCGUUCUAGAUGAGUUUGGGAAUCCCAAAGUGGUUAAUGAUGGUGUUACAAUUGCACGGGCUAUUGAACUCGCAGAUGCUAUGGAGAAUGCCGGUGCAGCUUUGAUAAGGGAGGUUGCCAGCAAAACUAAUGACUCCGCUGGUGAUGGUACUACAACUGCAUCAGUACUUGCACGAGAAAUCAUCAAAUUAGGUCUAUUAAGCGUCACUUCAGGUGCAAAUCCAGUUAAUAUCAAGAAGGGCAUUGACAAGACUGUGGAAGGGCUGGUGGAAGAGUUAGAGAAGAAAGCUAGGCCCAUCAAGGGACGUGAUGAUGUCAAAGCCGUUGCUUCCAUCUCUGCUGGCAAUGAUGAGUUUAUUGGGACUAUGAUUGCUGAUGCAAUUGAUAAAGUUGGGCCUGAUGGCGUUCUAUCCAUUGAGUCCUCAUCGUCCUUCGAGACAACCGUUGAUGUUGAAGAAGGAAUGGAGAUUGACAGAGGCUAUAUCUCCCCACAAUUUGUUACAAACCAGGAGAAGUUGAUUGCAGAAUUUGAGAAUGCUAGAGUUUUAGUGACCGAUCAGAAGAUUUCCACAAUAAAGGACAUCAUUCCUCUGUUGGAGAAGACUACCCAAUUAAGGGCACCUCUGCUCAUUGUUGCUGAAGAUGUCACGGGUGAGGCCUUGGCUACUCUUGUUGUGAACAAGCUACGGGGUAUUUUAAAUGUUGCGGCAAUUAAAGCGCCUAGUUUUGGUGAGAGGCGAAAGGCAUUGCUUCAAGAUAUUGCAAUCUUAACAGGAGCUGAAUUCCAAGCCAGUGAUCUGGGUCUGCUAAUAGAGAACGCUUCAAUUGAGCAGCUCGGCGUGGCAAGGAAGGUGACCAUCACCAAGGACUCCACCACCAUCAUUGCUGAUGCUGCAACCAAAGAUGAGAUCCAAGCCCGAAUCGCGCAGAUAAAGAAGGAGCUGGCUGAGACUGACUCUGUCUAUGACUCCGAAAAGCUGGCUGAGAGAAUCGCCAAGCUCUCCGGUGGUGUUGCUGUCAUAAAGGUUGGAGCUGCGACGGAGACGGAGCUUGAGGACCGUAAGCUACGGAUUGAGGAUGCCAAGAAUGCCACCUUUGCUGCCAUUGAGGAGGGGAUUGUGCCGGGUGGUGGCGCUGCAUUUGUUCACCUCUCUGCUUGUGUUCCUGCGAUCAAGGAUAAGCUUGAAGAUGCAGAUGAACGGCUGGGAGCCGACAUCAUACAGAAGGCACUGGUGGCACCCGCAGCUUUGAUAGCGCACAAUGCUGGUGUGGAAGGAGAGGUGGUGGUUGAGAAGAUAAGGGCAGGUGAGUGGGAGAUUGGAUACAAUGCAAUGACAGACAAGUACGAGAACCUUGUUGAAGCUGGGGUGAUUGACCCAGCCAAGGUCGCCAGAUGUGCAUUGCAGAAUGCAGCGUCAGUGGCUGGGAUGGUCCUAACAACACAGGCUAUUGUGGUUGAGAAGGCCAAGCCUAAGGUGGCGGCAGCAGCUCCACCACAAGGCCUUACCGUGUGAGACAUUUGAGGUAAUGUGCAAAUUUAGGUAGGUUGGUAGAGGUGAGUAAAUGUAGCAAUGGCCAUGGAUGUAGCAUCUUCUUUUGAGCGGGAUUUUGUUCUUUUGUAAGAAAUUGGAGACUGGAAAGUUAGCAGCAGUGUUCCGUUUCCACAUCCAAUGACUCUCUUGCAAGUAGAGGAAUCUACCAAUUCUAAUAAGGUAAUGUGCUUUUUUCAUUAGUUAA